UGAUGAAAACGAGUUGGAUCGCUACACAUCCAGGCAUCAGAGCGUUGAAGAGCAUCUUAUUUCGGAAUCAGACUCACAAAAUCAGCUUCAAGCAGAAAUGCCAAUCACGCGCCAUUCGCGCAAUGUGCCUUCUGCCAGACAGACUCAUCAACAGCAACAGCGCGAACAGGAUCAGAUUCGCCUUCAGCAUCUUCAGAGGCAACAGCAGCGCCUUAAUCAAUUCCUUCAACAACAACAUCAAUCUCCUCCCAAGCCAUUGCCGCCUCUGCCUCAUCAGCCCUUACCCGAGCACCAGGAACAUAUGCGCGCUCAGAUGCGACAGGCCACGAGUGGAGAUCCUUGCUUGACCGGUUUGGAUGACGGUCAGGUAUCGGUACGACAACCCCAGGUGACUCUGAUGAAUGCACCUGAGGCAAGUCGCGUAAAAGACUACCAUCACUUAAUGCUGCCUAAAGAAGCAGAUCAGUUUGUCUGUCUUGAGUGUGACCAGCCAUUGGCCUCAUCUGACCAUCGGUUAGUUUAUUAUACUCGUUACUUCUUAAUGGCCAGUGUAUUGUGUAGGUUCGGAGGGGGUUAA